CCACCCGUCAAGAAUGUGACAACGACGACGAAGCCGUGGUUUGCACCACCUCUCAGGACAGCGGGCAGGCACAUCGUGGACGCCAACGGCCAGAGGGUGAAGCUAGCAUCCGUGAACUGGUAUGGCGCCAGCGACGUCUACUUCGUUGCCGGUGGCCUUGACUUCCGGCACAGAGACGAGAUCGCUGCGACGAUCAAGCGCAUGGGCUUCAAUUCCGUUCGCUUCCCCUACUCCGAUCAGAUGGUCAUUGAGAACCCCAUCAUCCCCCCAGAGUAUAUUUCUGCCAACCUGGACUUGCUAGACAGGUAUGACCUCAAUCGUACGAACGGGCAACGGGCCACCGAUCCCCCAAAAGGACCACGAGCGCUGGAAGUCUUCAACGCGUGCGUGAAGUCGAUGACUGACGCGGGCUUGAUCGUGAUACCCAACAACCACAUCACGAAUGCUCAUUGGUGCGACGGCAUGAACUUGUGCGAUUCGAGCUGGAAAAACGACCACUACGGACCGUUCUGCAAGAUCAAGCAGACGACUGCGACCUGGAUCGACCAUUGGCGAACAGUGAUGGCGCCUUUCGUUCACAACCCAUUUGUGAUCGGGGCUGACUUACGCAACGAGCCACGUGGUCUAUGGGGCACGAUGACAUGGUCCAUGUUCGCAAGCGCUUCCGAGAAAGCGAGCGAAGCAUUGCUUGCGAUUCAGCCAAACUGGUUGAUGUUCGUCGAAGGCAUAUCAUCCGCGAACGACUGCUCAGGGGCCAAGAACAGGCCAGUGAAGCUCUCGAUCCCGAAUCGCGUAGUGUAUAGCAGCCAUAUCUACUCGUGGUCGGGCUGGGGAUCAAUCCCUAGUGUGCCGUAUGGCAAGCGCCCCUAUCCGUCUUUCGCAGCAGAUAUGCGCAAGAAUUGGGCGUAUCUUAUCGAAGAGAACACCGCUCCUGUCUGGGUCGGUGAAUUUGGGGCACCUCAUAGCGGCAAUGACCACGACUACCACUAUUGGGAGAAUUCGAUGCGGAUCUUGAAUGAAACGGAUGCGGAUUGGGGAUAUUGGGCUCUCAAUCCACGAAAGCCGGAAGGCUACGAUAACGAAACCUAUGGAUUGUUGCACGAUGAUUGGGAAACGGUUGUUGGUGAUUACCGACUCAAAAGCCUCCAGAAGCUGAUGCCUCAG